CAGUGUAUCAGUGUGCCUUGAGCUCAUCGAUCGUUCACUAACUACACACACAUCACGUAGUCAGGCUAAGCUAGGAAGAAGCACUCGCCCCUCGGCGAGCAUGGCGGCGGCCGGAUCAGCUGCUGCUGGUCGUCCCAAGUUGGGGGAGGAGAAGCUGAUCAUCCGACCGGAGAAGGUGCGGUUCAUCGACAUCCUGUCCCUGCUGAUCCUGCGCCGGCCCAUCACCAGCUAUGCCUUCGUCGACGCCGGCGACCAGACGACCCGCGACGUCGGCAUCACGCCGGGCGACAUCUUCGUCACGCUCACCGAGAUCAUCCAGAAGGCCCUCGCUGCUGCCUACUACCCGGCAAAGAUAAUCGGGGCCAUCGUCGAGCUCCUCCUCAACUUCUUCGCCCUCAACGGAGGCCUGCUCGGCAUCAUAUGGAACAUCAUCAGAUGUACGUAUUCACAGUAUAUCAUAUGACCAUCUUGACCCUAAUUAACUCAUGCACUAUCAACUUGAAAUGGGAGCUAACACAAAUUGAGACGAAUAUAUGUACAUGUGCACGACGCCAAGCUGAUGAUCAAUUCCAGUUUAGCUGAACUUGAUUUAAUUUGAGUCACAAAAUAAAUUUACUAUGUACAAACGUGUAGCGUGUUUAACUAUAAUCAAGUAAAUGAGUAAAGGACCAACAAAUUGACGACAUGGAUAUAUAAAGGUAUGGAACCAUGUGUA